AGCUAGCAAAGGAUAAUGUCAUUGUCGCAAUCAGUAGGCGUUGCAGCAUACCGCAAUCUCCUCCGCGCCGUCAGGGUGGCCUUCCAUGGCGAUCACAGAGUCAUGACGGCUGCUCACGAGCAGGCACGCUCGCAAUUCGAGGCGGGACGGAGUCUUGAGGCGGGGAGCAAGGAGUGGGAGGAGAAGCUGAAGCAUGCGAGUGAUGUUGCCGUUGUUCUGAGGCAGGGUGUGAUUCAGGGAGAAAAAGUACCGGAAGACGAGAAGUACCAACUAAGAAUACACAAGGACAUUCGCCUCGGCGAUAAUGAGUCGAUCAAGCAGAGCCGCAUGCCAGGAAAGAAAGCGAACAGUUUCAAGGCGUUGAAAAAGGGUGGAUGUGGAUCGGCGUGAGGACAUGAAUAACGGGGAUGAACGGAUAAGAAGAGCACAGAACCACACUACAGACGGCAAGGAUGUACGAUACAAUACGGGAAUAACCCCGGCCAACAGCUGGCAACGAGCGAGUUUACGAUGACCGAGGAAGGUGCAAAAGGCAUACGAUCCAAUGGGAACACCGAUAGCAUCGUCUACUUAGGACACAAUCACACAAAUUCUACGCACAGGCUUAUGAAGGAUC